AUGGGUUGCGCCCCGAGCAUCCACGUGUCGCACAGCGGGGUGCUGUACUGCCGCGACUCGGACGACUCCACGUCCCCGCGCGCCACGGCCACCGCCACGGCCUCCUCGCAGGCCGCGCCCUCGGCGCCCGCCGCCGACGGCGCGGCCUCGCCGCCCGCCGCAGCGGCCUCGCCCGCCGGGCCGUGCGCCGUCGCGUUUGCCGGGACCCGCGCGCCGUGGGAGGCCGCCCAAGGAGUCGGGGUCGGCGCGACGGCGAUGGCGGUGGCAGGAGGAGGAGGAGCGGGGGGCGACACGGAUGAAGGUGGCGGCGACGAUGGAGGAGGAGGAGGUUGCGGAGGAGGUGGAGGCGGCGGGGGGGGCGGCAGCACGGAGGCCGAAACUCAGACGAGCAGAGCGAGCGGCAAGGCCUCGGCAAAGGAGGUGUCGUUUGGACCGAUCAGACUGCUGCAGGAUCCGAUUCAGGCGCUGCUGGUGUUUGCGCGCGAGGACAGCCAGAGCGACGGGUUCUGGUGGGCGUGCGAGCGCGCCGCCUACCGCUGCGCCAUCGCCCACUCGGCCGAGGCGGCCCUCGGCCUCGUUCUGGCCUCCCACCCGGACCUCGUGGUCGUCGAUGGCCGCAGCUCGCAGCACUUCAGCGCCGAGGCCGUGUGCAGGUCUAUUAGGGCGACGAAAGAUUCGGAGCACACAGUGCUGGUGGUGGUAACCAGAAAAAUACCGUCUGAUCAGGAGGAGGAGGAAAGCAUCCUGCCCCUGCUAACGGCUGGCUUCACGCGGAGGUUCGUGGAGGACCACCGAGUGAGCGUCUGCUACAACGAGCUGCUGCAGCUGGAGCACGGGGAGCUCCGUGCCAGCUUCAAACUCAGGGCGUGCAACGCGCUGCUGGCCGCUCUGCAGCGCUGCCACGACGCGGUGGAGAUCACGAGCGAGGAUCACGUGAUACAGUACGUGAACCCGGCGUUCGAGCGAGCCACGGGCUUCUCGUCGGACGAGCUGGUGGGCCGCGCCGCCCCGGAGCGAGCCCUCGGCUCGGACGCCCGCGCCCACGGGCAGCCGGCGCUCGCCCGCGCUCACGCUCACGGCUCGCGGAACCAGCGGCGAGAGCGCGGCUCGGAACUCGACGAGCAGCAGCCGCAGCAGCCGGUGCCGCCGCCGCCGGCGCAAGAAGAGCCUCUCGCCGACGAUGACGACGAUGACGGCGACGUCGACGGUGGUGCGGACGAUGGCCAGCGGCACCACCAGCAGCAGCAGCAGCGGCAGCGGCAGCAGCAGCAGGAGGAGGAAGAAGACAGCGAUUUGAUCACGGACCAGCACAGCAAGGAAUGGAAGGGGACUCUGUACACGAAGUGCAAGUCAGGGAAGACGAUCAAACAGAUCGCAACGGUCAUUCCUGUCAUUGGACAGGGCGGGUGGACGAGGCACUUCGUGUCCGUGCGGUGCCCGUGCAGCGACAACGCCACACAGGGUGAAGGGAUACACAGGGAGGAGCGUGGACGUGCGGGCAGCGUUCACACAGACGGACACUCACAGAGACACAAGGACCGGAGGAAAAGCUCUCUCGACGUUCGUUCUAACACGUCCCGAGGCAGUGAUGGAGGCAGCGUCCACCACCGGAGAAACUCGUCCAUGGCGCGAAUUCACUCGAUGACCAUCGAGGCCCCCAUCACGAAGGUGAUCAACAUCAUCAACGCGGCCCAGGAGAGCAGCCCCGUGUCGGUGGCGGAGGCUCUGGACCGCGUGCUCGAGAUCCUGAGGACCACGGAGCUCUACUCGCCGCAGCUGGGCUCGCGCGACGACGACCCUCACGCCAGCGACCUCGUCGGGGGGCUCAUGACGGAUGGGCUGCGUCGAUUGUCGGGAAACGACUUCAUUCUCUCCAAGAACGUGCACCACGCCCAGAGCCCGCUGCGGGUCCCCACGGCACCGGCGCCGGGCGACGCGGCGGUGCCGCCACCCCGAGUCGUCGAGGCGCUCGGCUUCGAGGACCGCUGGGACUUCGACAUCUUCGAGGCGGAGAACGUGACGCACAAGAGGCCGCUGGUGUACCUGGGCCUCAAGGUGUUUGCGCGCUUCGGGGUUUGCGACUUCCUGGGCUGCUCGGAGGCGACGCUGCGAACGUGGCUGUCGCUCAUCGAGACCAACUACCACUCGAGCAACUCGUACCACAACUCCACGCACGCCGCCGACGUGCUGCACGCCACCGCGUACUUCCUGCGCAAGGAGCGGGUCAAGGCGUGCCUGGACCAGUGCGACGAGGUGGCGGCGCUGAUCGCGGCGACGGUGCACGACGUGGACCACCCGGGGCGCACCAACUCGUUCCUGUGCAACGCGGGCAGCGAGCUGGCGGUGCUCUACAACGACACGGCCGUGCUGGAGAGCCACCACGCGGCGCUCGCCUUCCAGCUGAGCACGCGCGACGACAAGGGCAACAUCUUCCGCAACAUGGAGAGGUGGGCACCGUGGGAGAGGGACGGGGUCAGGGGUCGGGGUCAGGGGUCGGGGUCAGGGUCGGGGUCGUGA